GCUCUUCUCCAGGGGCUACGUGUACCCGUAUGGCCGGCACCACACAAAUAAACACGCUUCUUCCCCGCCCAAAUCGAGGAUCGAGGAGCCGGCAACUCAGCUCGGAGGGCUCCCCAUUCCCCAAUUCCUGAAUCCUACCACGGACUCGGCGGAAAGAUAUCAUUGGUUAGAGCCCCGUCAGCAUGGAGCUCUGCACAGCUUCUGUAUCGACUUCAGCUUCAGCACAUCACUCUCAUAUAGCAACGCUUGACCGCCGACUGUCAUUCAAUCGAUAUGCCACUUCAAGAUCCAGGGUUUCUCAGAGGAGAAGGCAGUCGUCGCUCAAUGUCAUGAAUGCUGCAUCAACUAGUGGCCUGUCCUCUUCUCGAAACAUAAGCCAGACUGUGGGAACUAAUGGCGCAGCUGUGAAAGGCAUAUCCAGCAAAAAGCUCAACAGUGCACUGGAGCAACUUGAUAUCGAGCGUGGUGUCUGUAUCCCAUUCCGAAAGUACUCUCCGGAAAUGGUCAGGAAUAAAGUCUUGGGAUCUAGUGGCUCCAUAAUAUCCCUCGCUAGUCGAGGAGUGGAGAUCAUUUGGAAACUAGGCUUUUACUGGUCCUCUCUGGUGUAUGACUACUUGGUUGGACGGGAUGAAGAGAUCGUUCCAUUCCGUGCCCGGCAGCUCCGCAAUCUUUUAUGUGAUCUGGGGCCAUCAUUCAUAAAAGCUGGACAGGUUCUAGCUAACAGGCCAGAUAUAAUUCGUGAGGAUUAUAUGAGCGAACUGUGCAUCCUGCAAGAUGACGUUCCUCCAUUUGCUAACCAGGUGGCUUUUGACAUAAUUGAGGAGGAACUUGGACAAUCUCUAGAACAAUUGUUCAGCAAAAUUUCAUCUGAGACAAUAGCAGCUGCAAGUCUGGGCCAAGUUUACCGUGCCACACUUAGAGAAACCGGCGAGGAUGUUGCUAUUAAGGUUCAGAGACCAGGAAUUGAGCCGAUAAUAUACAGAGAUCUGUUCCUUUUCCGCACUCUCGCUUCCUUUUUGAAUGGGAUUAGCCUUCAAAAACUAGGCUGCAAUGCAGAGCUUAUUGUUGAUGAAUUCGGUGAAAAGCUUUUGGAAGAACUUGAUUACACUCUUGAAGCUAGAAACAUCGAGGACUUCUUAGUAAAUUUUAAGAAUGAUCCAACUGUCAAGAUCCCUCUAGUAUAUAAGAAGUUUUCGGGUUCUCGUGUUUUGGUGAUGGAAUGGAUAGAUGGAAUCAGAUGCACUGAUCCACAGGCUAUAAAAGAAGCUGGCAUUGAUGUUGAAGGUUUCCUCACAGUUGGAGUGAGUGCCGCAUUGCGUCAGUUGCUCGAAUUUGGCCUUUUCCAUGGAGAUCCGCAUCCUGGAAAUAUUUUUGCAAUGCGUGAUGGACGUAUUGCUUAUGUUGACUUUGGCAAUGUGGCUGUCCUUAGCCAGCAAAACAAAGAGAUCCUGAUUGAUGCUGUAGUUCAUGCUGUAAAUGAAGACUAUGCUGAAAUGGCAAAUGACUUCACAAGGCUUGGUUUUCUUGCUAGCGGAACCGAUGUAUCCCCGAUCAUCCCAGCUCUAGAAGCUAUUUGGCAAAACUCAGCUGGAAAAGGCUUGGCAGACUUCAAUUUCAGGAGUGUGACUGGGAAGUUCAAUCAGCUCGUGUACAAUUACCCCAUCCGCAUCCCAGAAAGGUUUUCUUUGGUUAUUCGCUCUUUGUUGACUCAAGAAGGAAUUUGCUUUACUCUUGAGCCCGAUUUUAAGUUUCUUGAGGUUGCAUAUCCAUAUAUAGCAAAUCGUCUUUUGACAGAUCCAAAUCCUGCUCUUCGUGAACGGCUGAUACAGGUCUUAUUCAAAGAUGGGUUGUUUCAGUGGAAACGACUAGAAAACCUUAUAGUUCUUGCCAAGGAAAAUGUGUCAAAGAUGAGCAGCAAUCCUGCACUGAAAAGCAAUAGCUCGCAAAUUGUGACAACUCAAAAAGUGGAGAAAAAAUUGGAUCUCACUGACACAAUUAAAGACGGAGCACGGCUGUUCCUGAUUGAUUCUGGGAUCAGGAGACAACUUAUAAUGGCUUUCACCGAGGACUCCAGGUUGCACGUAGAAGAGCUUGUUGAUGUAUACAGACUGGUGGAAGAUCAGAUAGAUAUACCUUCAGUUGCUCUUGAGGUUCUCCAAGAUUUACCAUCUGUUGCGCGUGACUUUAUGCUUUCAUGGAGCGAUUCUGUUCUGUCGGAUCGCCAAAACUGACCCACCUAAACAACUAAAAGAGCAACCAUGUACCUGCAAGCUAGGAACCACAAACAUCUUCCUCGAGUUAAUCUGCAUAGAGAUAUAGAUAGAUACACAAGGGUUCUUCUCCUAUUCUUUGGUGAUAUACUACUGUAUAUAGCGAAAAUAACUGCAACAUGCAGGUUUUGAUUUUGCUGACAUGGACUUGUAUAUAAUUAAAUUGAGCUUGUAAUCAGCUGGAACAAAAUCAGUAGGUGUGCACAUCAAGCAUAUUGAUAUACAGUAGGAGUAGUGAUUUGCUGAUUUCUUAGUGCAAGAUGCUAUUUAUCUUGUUUGGAGAAAUGUCCAUUUUAAGGGACAUACGCAUGAAUAUACAUGUGUACAAUUUCAGGUAA